CGCCGCGUGGUAUAAUUUGUUGCUUGGCUAUCAUGUGCUUGUGAUUAUUCGAUGCUGUUUGUCUCAUUUUCAUGCGAGACCGGUUUGUCCGACGAACGUUGUCGAAGAUUAUCUCAUUAGUUUUAUUUUUCCACCGGCAAGGUCCCCCCUAUAUUACCUGGGAGGUGAGGAGCAUCCCAUCAGUGCUGAAGAAGCUGUCAGCCGAAGUGAAGCCUUUUACUACAGAACAAUCAAAAUGAUAUCCGUAAGAGCUAUAUGCGUAUUCCUGGCUAUUGUGACGGUUGGUUUAGCUGAUGACGUAGCAGAUUAUAGAAAAGGUGAAUCUGUAUAUGAUUUUACCGUAAAAGACAUCCAGGGAAACUCAGUACCAUUGUCGAAGUACAAAGGACAUGUCUUACUGAUUGUCAACGUUGCCUCUAACUGCGGUUUGACCGAGAAGAACUACGAACAGUUGAAUCAGCUCUAUGAAAAGUAUGGAGAAAGUCAAGGAUUAAGAAUUUUAGCUUUCCCAAGUGACCAGUUCAACCACCAAGAACCAGGAACUAAUGAAGAAAUUGCCGAAUUUGCCAAAAAACACAACGUCAAGUUCGAUAUGUUCUCCAAAAUCGAAGUAAACGGAGAAAAUGCUGAUCCUUUCUACAAAUAUCUGAAAUAUAAACAGCCUGGUAACGUGGAAAAUGAUGACUCCAUUGAAUGGAACUUCGCUAAAUUUAUCGUUGACAAAGAUGGACAAGUUGUUGAAAGGCAUAUACCCAAGAAAGACCCACUGGACCUCAUACCAUCUUUGGAAAAAUACUUUUAAGUAUUAUCAGCUGAAAUCAAAUUAAAGUUAAUUGUAAGUUAUAUUAAUUGAUAAAAUAUGUUUUAAUAUAUCUGAAUCCUUUA